UUCGGAGAAUCAACUGAUUUAGUUGAUGAUAUCGAGAAAGAGAUUGGUUUAGUUCGGAAAGCUAUGGAGCAGUUCAGUUCCAGAAGUGAUGACAUAUCAUAUGAAUUUUGUUGUCUGAAACUCACUGAAAGUAAAGGUUCACAACUUUGGGACGUGAUAAGUUUACCAACGCGUAUGGAUAUGUGUAUUCGGGCUGGUUAUUAUGACAUGGCUUAUUCAUUAACCAAUUACGGAGCACAGUUGCAAACACAUGGAUUAACAGGAAAUCCUAUACUUAAGAAAGUUGCUGAUAAAUUAAUUGCUGCUCGAUAUCAGUUACUCGAUGAACUCUUCAAUAGAUUUGCCGGACCUAUUGAAUUGGCAAAAAGCAUUCAAAUUGUUAAUAACAUUCGGAAGAUUCCAUAUCUAUCAUCAACACAAUUGCACCUUGCAAUUUUGCAAUAUCGUGAUGCUUACCUCGAAAAACAACUCAUAGAUGUCAGGUCGCAGUCCGACUUUAUCCUUAAAAUCGUUGAAAUCUAUCGUGAUUAUAUGUAUGACACUAUGGUUUUAUAUUUGGCUGUUUUUCCAGAAAAUGAAAUAACCAGACGAGAUUCAUCGACAGAUCCUCGAUGGGAUAUUUGGCAAACAGCUGGUCCAUCUGCUGUGCUGACAGAAUGGGUAAUUCAUAAUCUAAACACAAUGUUUAGUUAUAUAAAGAAUAUGGGACAUGAAACACAUAUCGAUAGUGGUGUUUUGAUUAGAAAGUUAAUGAGUUUUGCAUUGUCAUUUGGUCGGAUGGGAAUGGAUUUCCGACCUUUGAUUACAUCGGUUCUCGAAGAAAUUAUUGCAGAAAAAUUCUCUUUGAGAGUUAGAACCGCUGCAAAGGAACUAACGCAAAAUAAAUUGAUUAGGAUCAACGAUAAAAUACCGGAUCCUUCGUUUUCUUUUGUUAAUCAGUCGAGUGCGCAACCUUCGGCUCCUUCAGUACUUGCAUAUUGGGAUGAUUUAUGUGUUUAUGGUAAUUCUUUAAUUGAUGCUUUGAACGAUUUACGAAGUGGUUUAUCACCAGUACAAAUUAAUGCUGUUGUCAACGCGUUAGAAAAUUCAUUGAAAAUGGUUGUUUGUUGGUUAUGCGAAAUGGAGAAACGAGUCGAAAAAAUUUUCGUCGAAAGGGCUGUUAAAUUAUUGGCUGUGUAUUUUAUUCCACAUUUGAACAGCUGUUUGUUGACUUUAUAUCCAUACGAAAAAUGUUGCAGACCAUUCUACCAAAUCAUCUAUUCUUUGGAACAAUAUGUAAAUUAA